CAAGCCACCAGCUCUUCUUCCGCAAGACUUUCCGGGCUUCACAGCCUCCACUCGGCUGCGCCAUUCCAUCGCCAGGCGGCAACUUUCCGGCAAGAGAAUCAAAAUUCCAUCGCCGGCGGUCGUCUCUGCUUCAACUUCUUAGUUCCUCCUGACCUGAUCAAUUGUUUCGUAGCAAAUGGAGAUGAAGUUAGGAGCUUGCCUUAAAUCUAACUUCAACCAAACAUCGUUUUUUCUCUGCCAACCCAUUAAUUGCCAGAAUACUGGCUACCGCCGUUCGUGUUUAUCUAGUACGAGUACUGCCCAUAUGUCUAUGCGCUGCAGGGCAACUGCUGAAAUGCAUUUCAAGAACAGAUCAUUUGGAACAGUCGAAAAGGUCAAAACAAUGUCUGCUGAUAAUUCUUUUGAUCUGGCACUAUCAAGUUUAACAACUCUAUGCCCGUUGGAUGGCCGGUAUAGGGACAAAGUUAAGGACCUGGCUCCGUUCAUGAGCGAGUACGGCCUCAUUCGCUUUCGAGUUUUGGUUGAGGUUAAGUGGUUGUUAAAGCUUUCAGAAGUUCCAGAAAUCCCUGAAGUUCCUAAUUUCUCUUCUGGAGCAAAGUCAUUUCUGCAUGGCUUGAUUGAUGGGUUUAGCUUGGACGAUGCCAUGGAAGUGAAGGAAAUUGAAAAAGUGACUAACCAUGAUGUUAAAGCAGUGGAGUACUUUCUGAAACAAAGAUGCCAAUCACAUGAAGAAAUUUCAAAGGUGCUUGAGUUUUUCCAUUUUGCAUGCACUUCCGAGGACAUCAACAAUCUAGCACAUGCGUUAAUGCUAAAAGAAGCUAUAAACAUUGUUAUAUUGCCUGUCAUGGAUGAGCUGAUCACAGCAAUCACUAACAUAGCCACACAGACUGCUCAUGUCCCAAUGCUUUCUCGUACCCAUGGGCAGCCAGCUUCACCAACAACGCUAGGCAAGGAAAUGGCUAUUUUUUCAUAUCGGUUAUUUACAAAGAGGCAGGAGAUUUCACAAAUUGAGAUGAGAGGGAAGUUUGCUGGUGCAGUUGGAAACUAUAAUGCACAUCUAGUUGCAUAUCCUGAUGUAAACUGGCCACAAGUGGCAGAAGACUUCGUAGCAUCUCUUGGCUUAAGCUUCAAUCCGUAUGUCACUCAGAUUGAACCCCAUGACUAUAUGGCCAAACUGUUUCAUUCAAUUAUCCAAUUCAACAACAUUUUAAUUGAUUAUAAUCGAGAUGUUUGGGGAUACAUUUCCUUGCGAUUCUUCAAACAGAUAACUAAAGCUGGCGAAAUUGGAUCUUCAACAAUGCCUCACAAAGUGAAUCCCAUUGAUUUUGAGAACAGCGAAGGAAAUCUAGGAGUUGCUAAUGGAAACCUUUCACAUCUUAGCACAAAGCUACCUAUUUCGCGGUGGCAGAGGGAUUUGACAGAUUCUACGGCUCUGAGAAAUAUGGGAGUAGGGAUGGGGCAUUCACUUCUUGCAUAUAGAAAUGCAUUACGGGGAAUUGCAAAGCUUCAGGUCAAUGAAGCUGCCUUGGCAGAAGACUUGAAUCAAGCAUGGGAGGUUCUUGCAGAACCUAUACAAACUGUGAUGCGAAGAUAUGGCGUCCCCGGGCCUUAUGAAAAACUGAAAGAGCUAACCAGGGGGAGAACAGUGACAAAAGAAAGCAUUAGAGAGUUCAUUGAAGGUCUGGAAGUACCACACAUUGCGAAGACAGCUCUUUUGAACCUAACACCACAUACAUAUAUCGGCGCCGCUGCUGAAUUGGCCAACAACACCGAGGCCAUUACUAAAUCUUGCAACGCAUCUGCUCGUAAGAUCUAAGCAUCUUCUCCGAGGUAGUUUUGUUGUUUUGGAUGGUAGCAUUCAAUUUUUUGUUUUCUUUGAAGAGGGUGUUUGGGUUUGUUUAAUUUUUUUUAAAAUUGAUUAUUUUGAAAAGGAAGUUUAAUGAGUUUUAUCUUCUGAAGUGUUUUUAGUACUAUGGUUAAAUCCAUAAUGAAAAGAGAGUCAUGAAGUCAUAUCCCAUCAUCUAAAACACAUACAACUAUCUAGCAUAAUGCUGAAACACAAUGGGCCUGUUUGGAAAUAGUGUUUUUGACAAGCGUUGGCGUUUUGAAUAAAAUUUUACUGGUGCA